GGGCGGGGCGCAGUGCCUACCGAGCGCCCUCCAGAGCGCGGUCUCCGGCCUGUUCACGAUGGACGGCCACGACAGCCCCCCGACCCCCAAGGGCUCGCUCCGAAAGUUCCUGGAGCAACUCUCCGGAGCUGGCAAGGCCAUCGGCGUGCUGACCAGCGGCGGGGAUGCCCAAGGCAUGAACGCUGCUGUCCGGGCCGUCGUGCGCAUGGGGAUAUACGUGGGCGCCAAGGUGUACUUCAUCUAUGAGGGCUACCAGGGCAUGGUGGACGGUGGCAGCAACAUUGUGGAAGCCGACUGGGAGAGCGUCUCCAGCAUCCUGCAAGUGGGAGGGACCAUCAUCGGCAGUGCCCGCUGCCAGGACUUCCGUUCUCGGGAAGGCCGCCUGAAGGCCGCGUGUAACUUGGUUCAGCUGGGCAUCACCAGCCUGUGUGUGAUCGGCGGGGACGGCAGCCUCACCGGGGCCCACAUCUUCCGGACGGAGUGGAGUGGGCUGCUGGAAGAGCUGGCCCGAGACGGCAAGAUCAGCACAGAGCAGGUGCAGAAGCACGGGCACCUCAACGUGGUGGGGAUGGUGGGCUCCAUCGACAAUGAUUUCUGCGGCACUGACAUGACCAUCGGCACGGACUCAGCCCUACACCGCAUCAUCGAGGUGGUGGACGCCAUCAUGACGACCGCCCAGAGCCACCAGCGGACCUUCGUCCUGGAGGUGAUGGGGAGACACUGCGGGUACCUGGCCCUGGUGAGCGCCCUGGCCUGCGGGGCCGACUGGGUCUUCCUUCCCGAGUCCCCACCGGAGGAAGGCUGGCAGGAAAACAUGUGCGUCAAGCUCUCAGAGAACCGUGCCCGGAAGAAAAGGUUGAACAUCAUCAUUGUGGCCGAAGGGGCCAUCGACACCCAGAACAAGCCUAUCACCUCGGAGCAGAUCAAGGAGCUCGUGGUCACGCAGCUGGGCUACGACACGCGAGUGACCAUCCUUGGACACGUGCAGAGAGGAGGGACGCCAUCAGCCUUUGACCGGAUUCUGGCCAGCCGCAUGGGGGUGGAGGCCGUGGUUGCCCUUCUGGAGGCCACCCCCGAGACCCCAGCCUGUGUGGUGUCACUGAGCGGGAACCAGGCGGUGAGGCUGCCACUGAUGGAGUGCGUACAGAUGACCCAGGAGGUACAAAAGGCAAUGGAUGAGAGGAGAUUUAAGGACGCCGUGCAACUCCGAGGAAGGAGCUUCGAGAACAACCUCAACACCUACAAGCGGCUGGCCAUCAAGCUGCCAGACUCCGAGAUCCCAAACAGCAACUGCAAUGUGGGCGUCGUGAACGUGGGUGCGCCCGCCGCCGGCAUGAAUGCAGCCGUGCGCGCCGCCGUGCGCGUGGGCAUCUCCGAGGGACACAGGAUGUUCGCCGUGUAUGAUGGAUUCGAGGGCUUCGCCAAAGGCCAGAUAAAGGAAAUUGGCUGGGGAGAUGUCGGAGGCUGGACGGGCCAAGGCGGCUCCAUCCUUGGGACAAAACGCACCCUUCCUGGGAAGUACCUGGAGGACAUCGCAGCGCAGAUGCGAACCCACAGCAUCAACGCACUCUUGAUCAUUGGUGGAUUCGAGGCCUACCUGGGGCUGCUGGAGCUGUUGGCCGCCCGGGAGAAGCACGAGGAGUUCUGUGUCCCCAUGGUCAUGGUCCCUGCCACCGUCUCCAACAACGUGCCCGGCUCCGACUUCAGCAUCGGGGCGGACACCGCCCUCAACACCAUCACCGAUGCUUUCUGGAGCUUGCUGGAGCUGUCGAAGGAACGCGACAGCCACCCUGAGUUUUGCAUCCCCGUUUGUAUGGUGCCCGCCACCAUUAGCAACAACGUCCCAGGCACAGACCUGAGCAUAGGCUGUGACACGUGCCUGAACGUGAUUGUGGAGACAUGCGACCGCAUCAAGCAGUCGGCCAGCGGGACCAAGCGGCGCGUGUUCAUCAUCGAGACCAUGGGCGGCUUCUGCGGCUACCUGGCCAACAUGGGGGGACUGGCGGCUGGCGCAGAUGCUGCCUACAUCUUCGAGGAGCCCUUCGACAUCCGGGACCUGCAGUCCAACGUGGAGCACCUGACGGAGAAGAUGAAGACCAGCAUCCAGAGGGGGCUCGUGCUCAGGAAUGAGAACUGCAGCGAGAACUACACCACCGACUUCAUCUACCAGCUCUACUCCGAGGAGGGCAAAGGCGUGUUCGACUGCAGGAAGAACGUGCUGGGCCACAUGCAGCAGGGUGGGGCGCCUUCUCCGUUUGACAGAAACUUUGGAACCAAAAUUUCCGCCAGAGCCAUGCAGUGGAUCAGCUCGAAGCUGAGGGAGUCCGCAGGGAAAGGAAAAAAAUUUUUAAGUGACGACUCUGUGUGUGUGCUGGGAAUCAGCAAGAGAAAACUGCUCUUCCAGCCCGUGGCGGAGCUGAAGAAGGAGACAGACUUCGAGCACCGGAUCCCCAAGGAGCAGUGGUGGUUGAAGCUGCGGCCCCUCAUGAAGAUCCUGGCCAAGUACAAGGUCAGCUUCGAGGUGUCGGAUGCCAGCCAGCUGGAGUCUGUGCAGCCCCGGGGCCCAGAGGAGCCGGCCGCUAUCUAGCUGCUGCCCGCUUGCUGUCGUGGUCCAGUUAUUUAUGAGCACUUUACGCGAGCAUCGUCCACGUGAAGCCUGACCCCAGGCCCUGGUGCACGGGCCGCCUGUGCUGUCCUGUCUCCUGCUUCACAACCUGCGGAUCCCGCAGAAUUAAACGUUUGCUACAACUCCA